UGGGCACUGGUGGGGGCACUGGUGGGCACAGGUGGGUGGUACUGGUGGGCACAGGUGGGUGGGCACAGGUGGGUGGCACUGCUGGGCACAGGUAGGUGGCACUUCUGGGUGGCACUGGUGGGCACUGCUGGGCACAGGUGGAUGCACUGCUGGGCACAGGUGGGCAGAACUGGUGGGUGGCACUGCUGGGCACCGAUCAUCAGGGCACUGAUCAUCAGUGCCCUGAUGAUCGGUGCCGAUCCCUGCUCUAACAACUGCUGGUUCUCGGCAGUACUUCCCUCACGAUCUGACAGCGUGAGGAAAGUGCAGCCGAGAACCGGCAAUUGC